AUGGCCAUCUCCGUUGCCCACAGCUCCUGUAGCCCGACGCGGCUGGGUCUACCUUCUGAGGAAAAGGGGCAAAAGCAGAGCAUGUGGCAUCGAUUGGGGCUCCGACGAUGGCUGGGCCGCGACGAUCGAGACUUGGGACGAGAUGAACUCUUCCCCCACGAUAACAACGAGCGCCAACACCACCGUGCGUCUUCCACCGACAGCUCACGACCCAAGCACGACAAUCUGACCCGCCGUCUCUCGCGCCGAGUCGGCGUCGGUCUUCCUCGCUCUAAUACCUUCAAACGCCGAAAUUCCGAGUCUCGCGAUCGCCAGGCACCCCUGGAGCCACAGCACCGCCGUGCCCUCUCCGUCGACCGCCGCCCGUUGAGUGCCGGAAGAACCAGGUCUCCACCGCCAAACGCUGACCCACGACUCUCCGCACCGGAGGUUCAGUGGCUCGGCCCGCCCGCUACCACGGUCGACGAAGUCCCCCAAAACAUCGCAAACGAGAAUGCGCACGAUCUCCACGCCUGGGAUCCCAGCCCCGACGUGACAACGGACGCCCCUGAAAAAGAUCCCCCGGCGCCGGCGCCGGCUAUUGACACGCUUGAAAUGGAGCUGGAACGGCGAUGGAUUCUAAAUUUGAGCAUGCACUUCCGUGAUCGGUCAGAGCGAGAGAAAUUCUUUGUUACAUAUGCGGAGACCCCGACUCGAUGGCGGCGUGUGACAAUUUCGUGUGAUUACCGUGACGCACCGCCCGAUUCGCUCGAGCAAGACCUGAAGGAGCUGCGAUACCAGCGCGACAAAUGCGCCCGUAUUUACGAGUCAAUCCGUGAAUCACUCCCCGAGAUCCAGUUCUACGAUACCGUGACGAAUCUAAAAGUCGAAACACGCGAUGGCCGCCUCCACGUCCAUGUUACAGAGGAUGUGAACGAGACGAUUCCCUAUCCUCCCAUCUCGAGCAUCGGACACCUUCGAGGCGCCCGAUGUGUCCCAGAGCAGUUCCUGCAUUUUGAGUCCCAUUUGUCAGGAUUUGUUUACAAAGUUCGACUGGGUGGAAAAGCCUAUAUCAAGAAGGAAAUCCCGGGUCCCGAUACUGUGGACGAGUUUCUCUAUGAGAUUAAUGCCCUCCAUGCUCUCAAUGGCUCGCCCAACGUGAUCAGUGUGGAAGGCAUUGUGGUCGAUGAGCAUCAGGAAAAGGUCAAGGGAUUGUUGAUCAGCUACGCCGAGCAGGGUGCGCUGGUCGAUAUUCUGUACGAGCAGCGCGGUGAAAUCUCCUUUACAAGACGAGAGGUAUGGGCGAAACAGAUAGUCCAGGGAUUGUGCGAGAUCCACGAGUCGGGCUAUGUCCAAGGAGAUUUUACACUAUCGAACAUCGUGGUUGACAGAGACGAUAAUGCCUCGAUCAUCGACAUCAAUCGCAGAGGCUGCCCUGUUGGCUGGGAGCCACCAGAGAUUGCCGCCAAGAUCGAAAGCAAUCAACGCAUCUCCAUGUACAUUGGAGUCAAGACGGACCUAUACCAGCUCGGGAUGACCCUGUGGGCUUUGGCCAUGGAGGAGGAUGAACCAGAAAGACAACCCCGUCCUUUGCUUCUCGGUGAUGUGGAUGUGCCUGAUUACUAUCGACGACUGGUUGAUAUCUGCCUCAGCCCGACUCCGCGACACCGGCUGUCUGCGAAAGAGCUCCUCUCGUUCUUCCCUCCGGAUCUUCUUUCGAGACCAACAUACCCAGUAAACAGGAUCCGAGAACUACCUCACAGCAACCUGCCGCCUCUCACUACAAAAAGCAACGGUGUCGUCCCCUCAUUGGUGAGAGACACAUCCAAGCACAUUACUCCCAAGGACUCCUUCAAGGAGUACGCACACACGCACCGCGAUGCUUCACCACAGCCUAUCUUCGACGGCCACGAUCAAGCGAAACGAUCGACUCCGACACUUGCAGGGUCCAAUGCAGGAGCCAGAUUUCCUUCUGGGCAUUCUUCAGCAUCCACCUUGAACCACCAUGAACCUCAUACUAUCACUGGAUCUUGGGACUCCACUCCUCCGGACAACCACACACCUGAGGUCCCCGUGGACAACGAAGUGCAGAACGCUGUGCCGUCUGCAUUGGCGCAUUCCAUGAGUAAUUGUCCCAUUGCUUACGUGCCGAAGCAACCGGCGGUCUUGGAAGAAUCUACCGUUCUCGAUAAGUGCGAAGUUGAAAAUACGCCGCACUCUACCAGACACGAUGCACCAACCGCGGUUGCUACUAUACAAUCCUCCAUCGACUCUUCCAACCUACCUGGGCCCAGUGAACCAUCUCUGAGAACCCUUGCUGUGGAUAAAAAGAGACCUGAACCCAGUCGAGGGACCCCCUUGUCUGAGCUACAGUCAACCAGGCCCUCCCAGUCGUCACCAUCCCUCCUUCUCUCAAUCCUUCCAAUCAACCCCGCUUUCAGCAUCUCUCGACCCAGUUCUUCCAAUGCUGCGAAGGACGCCAAUAUAUCUUCAGAGCGUCCAAAAUCCAACCACUCCAGACUCACCACCUUCCUUUCCGAAUCACUUUUACCAAUCAACCCUGCUUUUAUCUCUCGGUCCAGACCCAUCCCCAUGGAUGCGACGAAGAAUACCAACUUAUCUUCUGACCGAACCAAGUCCAGCCACAACAGACUCACGGUUUUCCUCGCCGAGUCUCUUUUACCCAUCAACCCGGCCUUCGGCGAAAGAUUCUCUCGCCGUUCCUAA